GUCGGGGCGCCGGCAUGGCGGUCGCCUUGCUGCGAGCGACAUGGCUGGCAGUGACAUGCGCGAUGGUUUUACUCAGCGACGGCAAGGGCUCGAAGUUCCUCAGGUACCUCAACGAUGUUUCCUAUUACGGCAAGUUGAGCUCCUUGCAAGACAAGGAGCAUCGAGAAUCAGAUGUGCUGAAAAGAGUGUACAUCGGAGCCAGGACUGUAUGGAUCGCCUAUUACGCAUGGGGGUUUAUCUUGAACACUUUCUUCGUCUACACCUCUGCAUCAACAUCUUUGAUAUGCCUAGAGGUCCACCUCUUCAGGAGGUUGUACGAAUCCGUGUUUGUCACCAAAUUCUCGGCUGAUCGGAAGGAGCAUCCGAUAACCAUCAUGAUCGGCCUGUUCUUCUACAGCCUUGUCAGCGUAUCUUUCGUAGAAGAAGAGCGUCUCCUGCGGGAUUCCGGCAAUGAUCCGUCGGCGCUGAGCGGGUUUCGACUCGUCCUCAUCGCCUUCUUCUUCCUGUCGAUGGCAUGCCAGCACAUGGCACAUGUAGAACUAGCCUCAUUGCGAUCGAUGCAACAGCAUUCUUCUGUCUAUGUGGUGCCGAGUGGUUGGUUGUUCAGGAAUGUGUCUACAUGCCCUCAUUACACCGCCGAAGUGAUGAUGGCGCUGUUUCAUGGACUCUACUUCAACUGCUCUUGGCUCAUCCUCGCCUUCACCGUCACCAACCUCAGCAUCACCGCAGUCCGCACGAGGAGAUGGUAUCGUACACUCGGUG